AUGUACCGACGGGACCAUUUACGUCAAGGUGAGGAAUCCAAUGUUACUAGAAGUUUGAUAGCCGGUUCUGUGUCUGGUCUCCUAGCGCGGUUUGGUACAGCCCCCAUGGAUACGAUUAAGAUUCGAUUACAGAUUACCCCAGGAAACGCCAGCUCAGGGAAAGCUUUGAAUGUGGUGAAAGAGAUGUUGCACAAAGAGGGCAUACGUGGCUUAUGGAAGGGCAAUGUCCCCGGAUCAUUGAUGUAUGUUGUAUAUGGCGGAGUGCAGUUUGGUACUUAUACCUUUUAUAACCAGUUGUUAUCACCACUAGCAUGGAAUAGUCAAUGGCACAGUUUUGUGGUGGGGGCUCUCGCAGGAAUGUCCAGCUCUUUUGUUUCAUAUCCAUUUGACGUUUUACGGACAAGGUUUGUUGCUGACCGUUCACGACAAUUGUCCACUUUACGAAAUACGAUAACUCGUGUGUUCCGCGAAGAUGGCCCUAGAGGACUAUUCAAGGGAUUGACGUCUUCGAUGGUCACCAUAACCCUCGCUACGUCCAUCCUAUUUUCCACCUACGAAUCGAUUCGCAUAUACUGCGAGCGCCCACAAAGAAACGCACUACAUCGUACUCUCGAUACGUUUGCGAGUCCAAUAGCUGGACUCAUCUCUAAACUAGCGACUUUCCCACUGGACACAAUACGUCGUAGGCUUGUCCUAAGCAAUUCUAGCGACCAUAAAAGUUUCGGAAACCUUUACAAGUCUUACCACCGCCGCAGUGUGGCUCAGAUCGGGCUACAAAUUAUACGCCAGGAAGGUAUAACCGCCCUUUAUCGAGGCGUCACAAUGGCAUUAUGUAAGAGCGUCCCCAGCACCGCCAUAAGUCUCUGGAGCUUUGAACGGUCAAUGGCUCUCUUGGGCGGGUAA